AUGCCCGAUGUCGAGGCAGGCAACGUGGCAGGAGGCGUCCAGGGCCAGAUUAAGCAGCAGCUCUUUGGCCGAUGCUAUCGGCUGAUUAUCCUCGGGCUCUGCUUGCUGGUGACAGGGAUGACGAUUGCAGUCGGCGCUCUCGCCGGGGAGCUGGUUGUGCUCAGGACACCGUCGCCUCCGCCUCCACCCUCGCCAUCACCUCCGCCACCGCCGCCCUCGCCAUCACCGCCGCCACCGCCGCCCUCGCCAUCACCGCCGCCACCGUGGUGGCAUCAGCCCCCGCCGCCGCCGCCGCCAUCGCCCUCGCCUCCGCCGCCGCCGCCGUCGCACUCGUCGCCGCCAUUGGAUGCCCGUAUGUGCGAAGACGGCAGUAGCGUCGCGCUGCCGCAAGACCUUGGUGGUGACGUUCCAUCCAUUCUCGUCGACGGCACUUACUAUGCUUGGGCGUCGCCAUGCUCGGGCGGCUGCUCGUCGAUCAACGACUUGCUGGGAUGGUACUACUGCUCAGAGACUGAGUGGGCUAGUCGCCCAAGCAAUUCAGCACUCUGGGCGCAAGGUGAGGCGAGCUGCGCAGUUGGCGCUGGCGGCGGCGGCGGCAGUGAAGGCAGUGAGGACGGCAUCGAAGAGGGCAUCGCGAGCAUCGAGGGCCGCCUCGAGGGGCUCGGCGCCAGCCGCGGCCACCGCGACGUCACGGCGCAGGCCGCCGCAUCUGCCGACGCGCCCUACGUGCUGCUCGGCGUCAUCUCCAACCCUCCGAACUUCAAGCAGCGGGCGCUGCUGCGGCGGUUCAACGCGCAGACCGGCGGUCGGCGCGGCGACGGGCGCGUGCCAGGCCGCGGGCCGCAGGUGGGCGUCGAGUUUGUUGUUGGCAGCGAGCACCACAAGACGCCUCCGGCCCGGCUCUCGCAGAAGCUCGCUGCGGAGGCGGACCAGUUUGGCGACUUGCGCUUCGUCGCCGCGCGGGAGGCGAUCCCAAACGCGUGCGGCGGCGGGUGGGGGGGGCCGCUGGACGCGAUCCGCCAGAUGGAGGACCCGGCCAACCACUGCGCGCGCGCCGAGGGGCCGUUCCCGCAGGGGACGGGCACGCUGACGUGCAUGUCGCGCGCACUCGCCCUGCUGACUGCGCGCGACGAGCGGUUCGGGGAGUGGCUCGCCGUCGCGCGCGCGAGGAACGACUACGGCGCGCCGUGCCAGACUGCGGCGGCGUGCGCCGCGCACCCGCCCGCGACGCACAUGUGGCACCACGAGGACGCCGGCGUGUCGUACAACGUGUGGCGCUCGCUGGCGCGCGGCAUCGCCGCGUCGACCGGGGACGGCUCCCCCUCGGCGCCGCCCGCCGGCGCGGCGCAGGGCGCGGGGGGCGGCGCCGGCGGCGGGGUCGGCGGGCGGAAGGUGUACGUCGUGCACCUGCCGGAGAAGGGGUGGUUCUGGCCGUGGUUCAACGAGGCCGCCUUCUCGCCGCCGAUGUCGGCCAAGGCGAUCGUGGUGCACAAGGUCGUCGACGAGGCGCUGUGGGCAAGGGUGCGUGCGGCGUGGGACGUCGCGGCGCCGCUGCCGCGCGUCGUGGCGGACUGCUCGCAGACGUGCGCCUCGUGGGGCUGGACGAGGGCGCGAGUGGCGUGCGACGCCCCCCCGCCUCUGCCGGAGCGGCCGGCCGGCUCGUGGCGCGGCUACGUCCCGCGCUGGAACGGCACGUUGUGCCCGCUCACGCCCGCGCGCCACUUUGAGUGCUGCUUUCUGCGGGAGGCAAAGGAGGGCGAGGCGCGGGCGGUGUGAGGUAGGGGCAUAGUACUGCCGCGCGCGCUCUCUGCAGGACCGCGCAGGCGCGUGUGUCAGACGGGUGGGAGUCGCGAGCGUGGUCAGUCCAGUGUGGUCUCAGAGUGUCGCACAAGUCGGAGUGGGCGCGGGGGCGGAGAGCUCUCUUGAGUGCUUGAGAGUGUAGCGUUUGGUUAGGUGUUCUUUCCUGUGGCGAUCAGAACGC